CGCGAAGAUUUCCCAAUUCCAUAAGCAGUUUAUCCCUUCUAUACUCGAGCUUCCCUGAACUUGUCAAUUUUUAAUCGAUAGUGGUUCUUUGGCUUCUAGUUGAUUAAAUUACCUGGAGUAGAGCAUUCCAUAUCCACGUUACCUUCACCGGUUUUUACAAUGGACGACAUCUUGAAGCGUGAGUUGGAGACAGUGGACAUAUCGGAGCAACAAUCAACGUCCGAAAAUGAGUCGUCUAUCUCAAAUCUCGAGAAACAAACAAGAACUAGGCGGUUAUUCUCGCCAGUGCAACUCUUCUUCUUCAAUUUUGUGUAUAUGCAAUUAUGGUACUCUACUGGUGGCAAUAUGUAUUUUGCUCUCGCGAAUGGCGGCCCUGCAGCCUGGUUUUUCGGCUACUUCAUCAUUUCAUUUGGGGCCUUAUGUCAAGCGGCCUCUUUCGCCGAGCUGGCUUCGAUCCAGCCCCUCGCAGGAGCUCAAUACUACUGGACCCAUCAUUUCGCACCAGAAUCAUCCAAGCUGUUUCUUACCUGGCUUCAAGGUUGGACUACCUGGAUCGCCUAUAUUGCGCUACUCGCUAGCUGUAUGAAUGGCACAACAGUGAUUUUUGAAGGGCUGAUCCAGAUCAAUCACCCGGACUAUUCACCUGGGGGCUGGCAUACGACAUGUAUCAUGAUCGCAAUGUUGGCGUUUUGUGCAUUCGUGAACAUGUAUUGUUUCAGGCUUGUGCCAUGGUUUGAGCUUUUCACGGGCAUCUUGAAUGUUUGCCUCUUUUUCGUCAUACUAGUUUCUGUCUGGGUUAUGACACCAAAGCGCAACAGUGCCGAUGUCUUUUUGAUCACUAAUGUCUCUACUGGUUGGGAAGGCAAUUACUUCGUCUCGGCCAAUAUUGGAGCGUUGUCAAACAUCUUUCUUUACCUAAGCUUCGAGAGCAUUAUCCAUAUGGGUGAAGAAUCACGCAACCCCAAGCAAGCAGUUCCGCGAGCUGUGCUCUGGUCACUCCUCCUUAAUGCAUGCCUCGGUGUAGUUAUGAUGGUCACUUUCGGCCUCUGUAUGCCUGCCUUGGAUAUACUUCUUAGCUCGUCAAGUCCGCUAGUCACGAUCUUGCUCUACUCCACGGGACCCACCAUGGCUACGGUCACACUAUCAAUACUGAUGGUUAUAGGAAUUUCAGGCAAUGUAGGAGUAGUAUCCUCUGUUUCUCGGCUGACAUGGGCUUGGGCCAGAGACGGCGGCCUACCUCAUUACUUUGGAUACGUCGACGCAAAACAACGUGUGCCGCUUCGAGCAGUGUUAUUGGCUUCCACAAUCGUCACUAUAUUGUCGCUUCUAAAUGUCGGCAGUGGGACCUACAUCGCCUUUGGGGCAAUCGUAUCCUUAUCGUCUUUGUCAGCAUACCUUAGCUAUGCUAUUGUUAUCUUCUGCGUCUUGUACGCUCGAUAUACGAAUAGUUUCAAAGUUGACGUGUGGAACCUCGGCAGAGUAGGCCCGUUGAUUAAUGUCGUGGCUCUUGUAUAUACCCUUUGGGUGAUGAUCUGGCUACCAUUCCCUAACAACCUGCCAGUUACAGCAUCAAACAUGAACUAUUGCGGGCCAGUGUUUAGUGCGGUGUUUGCGGGAAUCAUUGGCUCAUGGUUUAUACGGGCGCGGGGAAAUUGGCAAGGCCCCAAUCGAGCAGUGGUCGAUUUUGUGACGAGGAACCAGUCCUAGCUGCAGUUCUUACACGUAGAUGCUUGCGAAUUUGCUGACUCCAAAAGGGUUGCACGUGCCCGUGGGGCGUGAAGUCUCGCACUACAAGGAGUGAGACGACACUUUGGGUCCUCUAAUAGAGACAUGGUCAUGUCGAAACUGAAUAUAGCCCUGUCUCUACAAGAAUCUUUGGCUUGCAGGAAGGCAAUACAUAGUUGUCAAGUUUGCAGGCCGGGUCUGACUGACAACAUCAUUUCUAUAUGUAGAUAGGAGCGUGGCUUAUCUAUAUACUUAGUGUUGUACCUAAAGUCCUUCGUUCAGAAACUUGAAUAGAAC